AUGCAUUUCAUGUUCAAGAAGGCUGGGUUUGAUCAACUUAUCACCGCUCUAUAUUUACGAGGGGACCCUUACGAGACUUCAGAUGCUGUAUUUGGAGUGAAGGAGUCCCUCGUUGUAGACCUAGGAGUGGUGUCGGAUGUCGAAGGACUCGCCGAAAGGUUCCACGUUCACCCAGCGACUAAGUUACUUCGCUAUAACUUCGUUUUAGUUGCCGAUGAAGAGUGCGACAAAUUACGUGAGCAGGAGGCAUACAAAGCAGCUGCGAGUCAGGGUGGCAAGGUCAAAGUGUUCGGGGGCGUUCUAGGAAAGGAGUGA